GGCGUUUGUCGUCCCAAACCUGAGCGUGAGAAAGUUUUAUUUAUUUUUUGUUUAAUCCCAAACUUACAAGCGAACCCGCUCAAGAAGAGCAACCACAAAGUUAUGAACGCAACCUUCAACUCUGCGCUCAAGCAGAGCACCAACAUCCGUCGCGACCUCGGAAACAUCACUGACCCGACGCCCGCUGCCCUCGGCUCCCUCUCCGCCUCGCUCACAUCCUUUUCGCGCACCAUAGACGAGUACAACACCCUCGCCAAGCAGGAGCUGAACCCGGCCAAGCAAGAAAAGGCCUUUGAGCGCAUCCGCAACUUCCGGGAGGAGCUGCACGGUUUCCGAAGCCAGCUAGACAGCCUCAAAGCCGCCAGGGAAGAUGCCGCGCACACCCAGAACCGGUCCGAGCUGCUCGGCCGUCGGCCGUUUGUCACCUCGACGCCCGAGAAUCCCUACGCCAACGCCACCGCCGCCGGCGGCGGCGGACAGCACGGCAGUUAUUCAAAUCAGCAGCAGCAGCAAUCAUCCCUGAGCAUGGGCAGCAACGACAUGACGCGCGAGGCGCACGCUUUGCGCGAGCAGGACUUCUUCUCGAGCACCAACUCUGCACUUGACGAGUACAUAGCGAGAGGGCAAGCGGUGCUGGGCGACCUCGGUGCCCAACGGGAGAUGAUGAAGAACACGCAGAAGAGGCUGUACUCGGUCGCCAACACGCUUGGUGUGUCGGGUGAGACUAUCCGCAUGGUAGAAAGGCGGGCCAGGCAGGACAAGUGGAUCUUUUGGGCGGGCGUCGUGGUGUUUUUACUCUUUUGCUGGCUUUGCAUUCACUUCCUGCGGUAAAAGAAGACGGGGAAUCUUCAAAAAGAAAAAAAAACGGGAUCUUGUUCAAAAGCGCUUUUCAAUCACUGGGGAUAUUCGACUGAUGGAGGUGGGCUGUAUGCAGGCUGGCCAGAGUGGCUACUACUAUUGUCUGUUUUUCUUGUCUUGUUCGGGAGCGAGGCGUUCGGGAUCAUUAUUUUGUUGGGGCAGACAUUGUUUGGCAAUCAAAGCAUCAAAUCAAAAACCGACAUCAAAAGCUUUAUUUAGCUACUUCAGUG